CUCGUUAGAAAAAAAAAAUGAAAUUCGUCAUCCUUCUUCUUCUUCUCCUGCCUUUUGUAAACUCUUCCCGUCCAGAUUCGGCAAACGACUACAUGAAAUGUGAAUACUGCUUGAAAAUUGUUCCGAUAUGUAGAGCUUCUGGAGAUUUCAAAAGUGCCGAGCACGCGUAUUAUGAGAAAAUCAGACCGACCUAUAUGAUUUACAAACAUGCAAUUAAAGUCAGCGGUGACAUAAGUGUCGUUAUGAGAGCUGUGGAUCAUUUGGCCGAGUUUCCCGAGAAACUUCACGCAAGCAACAAAGAGGAUCCUAGAUCAGUGUGUAGAACUAUGUGUUUAUGAUCAACUUAUUAGUUAAACUUGGAUCAUAGAAAUAAUUUGUAUAUUGCACCCAACUUAUUAUAUUUUUGUUAACCAUACUGUGAACACAAAAUCAAUAAAUACAAAAUAAAAUGAAGGAAAUAUUGG